AUGAUAUCUUUGAUCUUUAAAAGAUAUGCAUUUCGUUCACAAAUACGACAGUUUUCAACUGUUCUUAUACAUAAUAGAAACCAAAAUGAAAGAAAAGUGAAUCAACAUCCUAAAGUGUACUACCGUUUAUUUAGUAGUACACCUAACGAAAGAUGUAUGUUGCCACCAUUAAUAAAUCUUGCGACUUUUCAAUAUCCCACUGUGUUUGGCUGGCUUACCGUAAAAAUCGCUCCUAUUUUAAUUCGAUAUACCAUUGACAGAACGUUUGAUAUAGAUGAGUUCUCUGCAGGAGUACUACAUGCAAUUAAAGUGAUAUCACGUUCAUUAGCUUCCCAAAAUUAUGAAGCAUUGAAUGGUCUUGUAACAGAUGAUUUAAUACAAAUGUUAAAGGGAAGUGUUAAUCAACUGACUGACUCACAGAGAGAAUUAAUUGCCGUAGGUGAAAAGUCUGUUUGGUUUACUAAUACUUAUGCAACUGCCAGAAAUAGUAAAAGUGAUUAUGAUCACAUUCUUGAAAUAACACAAUUUGGUGUAUAUGUACCUUUAAACACACCAAAUAAUAAAUCAAUAAGUAAAAACCUGACUACGUUCAAUUACACAUUUCAAAGGAAGUAUUCAGAUGGCAUAGGAGGACCAUGGGUAGCAAUAUUAGUAAAUCAUUUUACACCUAUGGUACCUUUUUAGAUUAUAAUGCAAAUUGGUUUACUUCCUUUUGCACAGUGG